CGGCCAGAGCCAGCGUAGGAGAUGGAGCCGGGUGGCAGUAUAAGAGCCGAAAGGACAUGUUUUGAUGACUUUUGAUUGAAGUUUCAUAGUUUUUCAGACAACCAGUGAGUUUAAGUGAAAAAAAAAAUCGAACUUUUCAAACAUAUCGUGUUUUUCAUUUUCUUUUUGUUCAUACGAACUCGCAGAUGGCGGAUGUAGCAAAGGACUUAACCGCCGGAACAAUAGGAGGGGCGGCACAGUUGAUAGUUGGACAUCCUUUUGAUACCAUCAAGGUCAAACUUCAAAGUCAACCCGUCCCUCCACCGGGUCAGCUCCCUAGAUAUUCUGGUGCAAUAGAUACCGUUAAACAAACAAUAGCAGCAGAAGGUCCACGGGGUCUAUACAAAGGCAUGGGUGCCCCUCUUGCCACUGUGGCAGCUCUAAAUGCUGUUCUGUUUACAGUUAGAGGGCAAAUGGAAGCACUUUUGAGGUCUGAGCCCGGUGCACCCUUAAACGUGAACCAGCAGGUGGUUGUUGGAGCCGGUGCUGGAGUUGUUGUUGCCAUUUUGGCCACCCCAACUGAGUUAGUCAAGUGCAGGUGGACCCCCAUAAAGCUUGGUGUUAACAUGCUAACUCGGAUCCAUUUCACGAGAAUCAGUUAGCUGGUGAACCAACACAAGAAUUCUGCAAUGGCAUCCUCUUCUUUGGUAUGAUCUACAUCAGCAACAAACUUGAGCAUGCCUUUGGCAUUCCAAUAUCUUCUUGGCUACUUGGAGAGAGAACCGCUUCCUCCAAGAAUCUCCUUGGCUCCGGUUCCAAA